AUGAAUAAUAAAAAUGAUUUGAAUAAUAAAAAGGAAAGGAAACGAAAGGGGAAGGAGGGGGAAAAUAAUAAUGAAGAGGAGGAGGGGAAGAUGAAGAAAAUUGGUAGAAAGAAGAGGAAGACUAAAGAAGAGGAGGAAGUUAAAGAAGAAUUUAAAGAAGAAAAGAGUUGCUUAAAUUUAGAAAAUCCUUCAAAUUUUAAAAAAGAGACAGAACGCCAAGAAUUUAUUUUUGAGCAGAACAAUAAUUAUUGGGAAGGGUUUUAUAAUGGGGAAGAUGAAGAUGGAUUUUGUUGUUGGAAUGAUGAAGAAGAAGAAGAUUAUGGAGAGAAUGGGGAAGAAGAAGAGGGGGAAGAUGAAGAAGAAAGGGAAGAGGGGGAAGAGAGGGAAGAAGAAUGGAAGAAGAGUGAAGAAGAACGGGAUGAGACUGAAGAAGAGGGGGAAAUGAAGAGGAAGAAGAAGAGGAAGGAUGAAAAGGAUGUGAAUGGGGAAGAGUCGGAAGGAAAGGAUGAGGAAGAAGACGAGGAAGGGGAAGAAGAGGGGGAAGAGGAGGAAUAUGAGGGAGGAAAGGAAGACGAAGAAGCUCUUCUUCUCUUCCACGAAGAACACAUCCAACACUCUUCAAUGUACUCCUCAAUAUCCAACAAUCGAAGUUGUUCUUCCUCCUCAUCAUCAUCUAAUAAUCAAAUUAAUACAUCGCUUAAUCAAUCAUCUUCUUCCUAUACCAGUUAUUAUAGCAAUAAUAUUAUUGGAAAUAAAAAGCGUGGAUGUUUCCCUAAAAAUGCUACAAAUAAGUUGAAGCAUUGGCUUUUUCUUAAUGUUACGGUGAACAAUUUUUUAUUUGCUUUUUUCUUGCUGUUGAUUGUUUGGUUGUUGGUUGGUUGUUUAUUGGUGCUUUUGUUUGUAUUUUUUGUGUGUUUUUUUGUGCUUUAUCCUAAUUAUUCUUCUAUCACUCCUUUGUUUUCCUUUUUUUACUUUUUCUUCCCUAAAAUUGGAAAUUUUAAAUAUAUUAAGAGAUCUUUUGAGAAUCUUUUGUUUUUUGAGACAGCGAGUGAAGACGGCAUUUCGUUAAGCGGAACUUGUGAUUAUGACGAUGACCAACAACACUAUGAAUCUGGAGAUAGUGAAUACAGCAAUAAUGCUUCUAGAGGGGAAUUGAAACCCUCCAAAAAAUUUUUAAAUUCUUUCCAACGCCGUUUACAAAAACACGAAGAAAUUGGAGGGGAUUUUGAUGAUUAUGAUGAUGGUGGACAAAGUGAGGGAGGUGGGGGAGGUAUUGGAAGUGGAAGAAGAAGAGUCCCCAAAGUUUUUAGUAAAGAGGCGAUAAGCAAGUUUAGAGCGUGGCUUUUCAACAAUAUUACGCAUCCAUAUCCAGCAGAAGAACAAAAACGUCAAUUGGCAGCAGAAACGGGGCUAACCAUUUUACAAGUUAAUAAUUGGUUUAUUAAUGCCCGUCGACGUAUAGUCCAACCAAUGAUAGACUCUAACAAUAGGGCAGGUCGCCCAGUUGCCGUUUUUAAAAAUCGUAGACGUAAAGGAAGUAGUAGUUGUGUUGAUGGGGGAAGUGGAGGGGGAGGUGUUGAUGGUGCUUCUCCUUCUGGAAAUUCUGAUUGUGGAGGAGGGGAUAAUGGAAGGAAUAAUAAUAGUAUUAGUCCUGAAGAUGAACAAGUCCUUUCUUCGUCUACAACCCCUUUAAAUAAUAAUAAUUUUAAUUCAACAAAUAUUUCUACAACAACUACAAACAUUAAUUUAAACAAUACAAACAAUAAUUUACUUUUUUCUUCGGCUUCUAAUAACCCUUACCAAGCUGCUGCGUCUUUAGCAGCCGUUGUUUCGAACCCUUAUGCCGGGGGAUUUGGCGCUUUCCCCUUCACCACCGGUAUGACUGGAAUGUCAGCUGCUGCUGCAAUUAUGCCCAACAACAAUAAUUAUGGGGUAUUAAACUCUACUGGAGGGAAUACAUUAAAUUCUGGUUGGAUUCCACAAAAUUAG